ACUUUUUUUCGCUCCAUCACCACCAUCCAACAAUAACUUCCUAUCUGUCCAUUUUUCUCUCUCCUCCAGCUUCCAACAAAUAUUUAUUUCUGCUCAGACCUCACAAGUCAGAACCCUAACUGGGUAUUUUUCCUUUUUUUCAUUUUGAGUGUUGUUGCUUGAGAUUCUACCAAGCUAUGACGACGUCGUUUGGUGCUGCAAAUACCAUUUUCAUUGAUCCAAAGCUCCAAAUUCAGAGCUUUCAUGUGUUAAAACCUUCUGGUUUGAUGCCUCUGCAUAAAACCAAUCAUGGGUUUUCAGUUUCACCUUCUAAUUCUUCCACCACAAGAGCUGUUUCUACGCCAGUAAAGCCAGAGACUGCUGCUGAACCGAAGCGUAGUAAAGUUGAAAUAUUCAAGGAGGAAAGUAACUUCAUUAGGCAUCCUCUCAAUGAAGAGAUGAUGAAUGAUGCGCCUAACAUUAAUGAGGCGGCUACACAGUUGAUCAAGUUUCAUGGGAGCUAUCAACAGUAUGAUAGGAGUCAAAAGGGAGUGAAAGCGUACUCAUUCAUGCUUCGUACCAAAAACCCUUCUGGGAAAGUAUCAAACAGAUUGUACUUGGUGAUGGAUGAUCUUGCUGAUCAAUUUGGUAUUGGAACUCUUCGAUUGACAACCCGACAAACAUUUCAGCUGCAUGGAGUCUUGAAGAAGGACAUGAAGACUGUAAUGGGCACGAUUAUUAGAAACAUGGGAUCAACUCUUGGUGCUUGUGGGGAUCUCAAUAGAAAUGUCCUUGCUCCACCUGCCCCACUUUUGAGGAAGGAUUACUUAAUUUCUCAAGAAACAGCUGAGAAUAUUGCUGCUCUUUUGACUCCUCAAUCAGGUUUUUAUUAUGAUGUGUGGGUUGAUGGAGAGAAAUUCAUGACAGCUGAACCCCCUGAAGUAGUGAAAGCCCGUAAUGAUAAUUCCCAUGGUACAAAUUUCCCUGAUUCUCCUGAGCCGAUUUAUGGAACUCAGUUUUUGCCUAGGAAAUUCAAGAUUGCUGUUACUGUCCCCACUGAUAACUCGGUGGAUAUAUUCACAAAUGACAUUGGUGUUGUUGUUGUAUCCGACGAAAAUGGAGAGCAUCAAGGUUUCAACAUAUAUGUUGGAGGAGGUAUGGGAAGAACACACAGGUUAGAGAGCACCUAUCCUCGUCUGGCUGAACCAAUAGGCUACGUGCCAAAAGAAGAUAUAUUAUAUGCUAUCAAAGCUAUUGUUGUUACUCAAAGAGAAAAUGGUAGAAGAGAUGACCGCAAAUAUAGCAGGAUGAAAUAUUUGAUUAGUUCAUGGGGCAUUGAAAAAUUUAGAAGUGUUGUUGAACAGUUCUAUGGCAAGGCAUUUGAGCCGAUUCGCGAGUUGCCAGAGUGGGAGUUCAAGAGUUUUCUGGGUUGGCAUGAGCAGGGUGAUGGAAACUUAUUUUGUGGCCUUCAUGUUGACAAUGGCCGUAUAAAAGGCGUAAUGAAGAAAACAUUGAGGGAGGUGAUUGAGAAGUAUAAUUUGGAUGUGCGUAUUACGCCAAAUCAAAACCUUAUUCUUUGUGACAUUCGCAAGGCAUGGAAGCGUCCGAUCACCACGUUGCUUGCUCAAGGUGGCUUGCUGGAGCCUAGGUAUGUUGAUCCUCUAAAUUUAACUGCAAUGGCAUGCCCUGCAUUGCCUAUGUGCCCAUUGGCGAUAACUGAAGCAGAGCGAGGAACUCCUGACUUAUUGAAACGGGUUAGAGCUGUUUUUGAAAAGGUUGGUCUCAAAUACAACGAAUCAAUUGUAGUAAGAGUUACUGGCUGCCCUAACGGAUGUGCAAGACCCUACAUGGCUGAACUUGGAUUUGUCGGUGAUGGUCCCAACAGCUAUCAGAUAUGGCUUGGUGGGUCUCCCAACCAAACAUCACUGGCACAGUGUUUCUUGAACAAGGUCAAAAUCCAAGAAUUGGAGAAGGUGCUAGAGCCUCUGUUUUACCAUUGGAAACGUUAUCGUAAAGCUAAGGAAUCAUUUGGUGCUUUCUCGAACCGGAUGGGUUUUGAGAAACUUCAAGAGUGGGUGGAUGGAUGGGAAGGUAUGCCACAAUCUUCCAGUAAGUUCAACUUGAAGCUUUUUGCUGAUAAGGAAACAUACCAAGCUGUAGAGGAUCUUGCAAAACUGCAAAACAAGACGGCCCAUCAGUUGGCCAUGGAAAUCAUCCGCAGCUAUGUUGCAGCGGAGCAGAAUGGGAAACGUGACGUGUAGUAAACAUCUAGAAUUCCCGAUGUAUGUAUAAUCUUCAUAAAAGUCAGCCGGAUGCCUGUUCUUUUCGCUGUCGUAUGGUCACAAAUGUUACCGAGUUGUAACACCCACCGUUGCCUGGACAUUAUUUCUUUUGUUUCUUCCCUUGUUUAACCGUUCGUCCUCGAUCCGUUUUUGAUUGAUCGGAUUUGAUUGUUUCUAUUUUGUUCGAAGUUUUGGUCGGUAUUCUAUUUUUAUGUUCACUUGUUUGUAUCUUAAACAUUUCCUUUUUUGGUAGCUGCGCGAAAAUGUGUUCAACAAGGUUGCUGAUGAGAACUUGUAAUUUAAACUAGUAUGAUAAUGCAAUGUGAAGCUCAAUUUAGGACAUCAAAACUGUUCUAUGAAGAUUUACAUUGAAUUGAAUUCUAUACAAUUUGUAUGUUUUCGGGUUU